AUGGCGUCAAGCAAGGACCGAUCUAAGGAUGACGAGAUAUGCAUCCCUCACGACUUCGUCAGGUCCGUUCAAGGCUGGGACGAUAGAUUCAAGCAACUGCAAGAAAACAACGAGUGGUUAGCGCAAGUCGACAAGAGACUUUCCGACUCGGAACUAUCUAUUCUUCGUCACGCUUUCCUCACAGACGGUCACAAUUUCAUCUCUCUCUUGACCGAGUACCUCAAUGCCGUCAAGUGGCAGGAAUUUAUUGUUCAUAUAUGCACCCAGAGAAUUACUCAUGUACCAGUUUUGAUGCACUUGAUCUACGAGGCUUCGCUCCGGUCGCGUGGUGCAGAUGUACAAAAUUCUGUGGGAUCUGAGCCAACAAACCCUGUCUUCAACCACAAGAUUGGAAAUUUGAAGGAUAGCAAACUGCUCCACCAGAGUUGCAUCGAAGCAAUUCGAAGCCGAUAUUGCGAAUCCAGUCUUCCGGUUGACGGGAGACUAACAUUUUACAUCCGACGUUCUGACCUCAAAAGCCGAUUGAACGGGGUCGAGGGCGAGACCAUAUUCAAUGAGAUCAACAGUUUGAAGCAGCUACAUCAAAUUGUGACACAGGAACGGGACCACUUCGCCGGCCUAUCGAUCGAAACAUCUACGGAAGCUGAUGCGUUGGUCACAGAAGUUGAGGCUGACAUGAAAGAACUCGAUCGUACUCAUGUUGAUAACAUGACAUUCGGGUAUGCCGACACUGUGACUACAGCCGAGCCUACUUUCUUGUCAUAUUCGCGACGCUGGAAUACCAUCGGAAAGAAUCUUUGUGAUCUCGGCUUGCGUGUGGGAGCUGAUGUGCCCCGAUGGCCCACGCAACCUAAACAAUGGACCAUAAUCAUGGCACUGAAAACCGUUAUCAACAACGAGGGUCCGGGCAUCAACGUCAUGCUAGCCCGCCUCGAAAAGCAUCAAGUUCAGCUACAGAAGCAGCAGCAAGUCAUCACGGCUCUGCAAUUUCGUCAUCUUCUAGAACAUCUACCUGUGGGUGUUCGUGAUCGAUGGCUAGCGGGGGCGAGCAGUAAGUCGGAUAAAGUCAACCAAGCUUCACGCUGGGAGAGGAUGAAAGAAGUUGAGAAGUGGCGAGAGUUUUGGUCAGAAUCCGUGAGGCAGGUUUUCAGGGUCUAUAAAGAGAAAGGUCAUGAAGCCUGGGAAGGUAUUGAAAGUCACGAACCCAGUCUCCUUGCUAAUCUUUUGAAGUAUUACCUUGGUCAGGCUUACAAGAAGAAGACUGAACAAGAGGCAGUAACUUUUUUGGCUGAUGAAACGGACGUUGGAGAACGGGCGAAUAAGCUUUACAACACUCUCAGUCAGAUCAUUCAUCAGUAUUCGGAUUCAAGUUUUGAAGUUAACCGGCUCAACUUCAGCCCACUUGAUGCGCAUAUUUUGACUGCUCUAGUCCCAAAGAAUGCUAGACAUGAAGGGCACAACCAGACUUCUAUCAAAGAUGAGUCUUGGGUCCCCCUUGACGAGAAGGCCGAGAUUGUUGCAUGGAAGAAGGAGUUUCGAAGAUACAUAUGGGAGAAGCCAGCAGUCGCCACCCAGACUACUUCGAAUACGAACAAAAAACUGCUUAAUCGCGUUAAAGAAAUGUGGAAGUGUCUACGAUCCAAGUCCCCAUUCUCAGAGCUCUUUCCAAAGGACUUGAUCAUCUCAUCGGUCAUUUCCGACGUCAACGCUUGCACAGCUACCAUCACCGCAACAGUUCUCCUUGAUAAAAAGCAGAUCAAUUCCUGCAACAUGAUUUACAACGCCGUGUUGUCGGCAUUCUUCGACGCCAUCGGGCGCAUGUCUUUUAUGGCCGCGGGGCGUAGAGUUACGAGCGAUCGUGUAGGACUGAGUGUGGAGAGUUCAUUUCUGGCCCAUCCAGGAGACGAGGUUCAAGUGAUAGGCACGCUAAUGCAGGAUGAGCAGGAUCAAAGCUUCUCAACGACGAUUCACAUGAAAACUGCAAAUGAUACUAUGGUUGCAAGCGGGUACUUUAAGGCAUGGGGAGUUCGAGAGAUGAACGGAUCAGAAGCAUACGAUAGUAUGAACUAG